CUCUUUGGAUUUUUUUCGGCCGUAUUCUCUAUCGUUCAUUCCUUCAUUCAUCGUAUACGUCGAUCUCUGAUAACGACAUAGCUAGGCCACAUCCAAUUCGCCUUAAUAGAGGUUUCCUCGGCAAUAUGAGAUCGCUCAUAGGUACGAGCGCCGCCUUCUCAAUAGCGAAUCUCAUCGCGGCUGGAUUAGCAGUGACUAGCGAAUAUCAAACAUGUUACAGAAUCGACGGGGCAGCCAUGGCGAGUGUUCGCAGGUGUGAUAAUACAACAACAGGGCAUUCGGCAUGCUGCAGCCCGGGAGAAGUCUGUUACUCUAAUGGAGUCUGUUAUGGUCAUACCUCGGGCUCUCAGGAUUGGUUACGGGAGGGCUGUACGGAUCAUACAUGGAAGGACCCAGCAUGUUUCGACGUUUGUCCAUGGUAUGUCGAACCUGUAUCGUUAGGGGUUAGACCUUGUGGCGGUAUCGAUAAAAGCAAUCAAUAUUGUUGCGACGAUGGGUUAAGCGGUCCAGGGUCGUUCGCUUGUUGUAGUAAUGAAACGUCGGUGUUUAGCUAUAAUAAUAUUAGCUCUUUACCAUCGAUCAUCGCCACAAUACCACCUAAUGAGGUCGCGACGACGGCGUCGUCCUCGAAAGUUGAAUCGACGACUACUACUUCAUCGAUAACUACGCAAUCGACAUCAACCUCGUCCACGAGUAUAAGCUCAAUUCCAACGCAAAGCGCACCGGAAAACGGGAAUCCGUCUACCAACUCAUCCAAUUCAAUUGCCCUGGGCGCGGGCCUCGGGGUGGGCUUGCCCGUUGCUGCCGCUAUUAUCGGGGGGGGUGUGGUUCAUAAUCUGGCGGUCCGGAAGAAAGCAAUCGGGAGUGGAGAUAGACAAACAUCAGAACCCUACACCCUAUCCGUGGUAUCUUUACAGCAAUACUCCACAUACAUCUGGUGCUCAAGAGAUGUCUAGUAGGGCGGAUCCCCAUGAGUUGGGACCAGGAUAUACGCCUGAAGAGCUUGCUGCUUAGGAAGAUGUGUAUAAAUAAUCAGUA